GUGUUGAGGACGGUAGCCACUCGCCACACAUGGCCAUGUAGUAUUUGACAUGUAGUUAGCACGUCUGAGAAACUAAACUUUUCUUACUUUUUAAAGUAAAAUUUAAAUAGCUCAUGUAAUUAGUGGCUACGUACCAUUAUUAGGACAGAUACCGUGCCGAGUUUUGUUUUGAUUUUAGACGGGGUCUCUCUACAUAGUCCUAGCUGUCCUGGAACUCACUAUGUAGACCAGGCUGACCACAAACUCACAGGGAUGCAUCUGCAUCUGCUUCUGCCUCCCCAGUGCUGGAAUUAAAGGCGUUCACCACCACGCCCGGCGGAUGGAAAUCAUAUGAAACACUGUUUGAGUGAUACCUUCAGGAAAGAUCUUUAAAAAGUGCAGAAGACAAAAACACUAAUGCAUUUGAGAAAGCGAUAAAGUUGGGGGGAGGGGGAAAAGCAACUGAUUUCCUGAUCUGCAACUUGGCUGGAUGUUAAGAUGUCCGUGGACAUGAACAGCCAGGGGUCUGACAGCAAUGAAGAGGACUAUGACCCAAACUGUGAGGAAGAGGAAGAAGAGGAAGAGGACCCUGGGGACAUAGAGGACUACUAUGUGGGAGUAGCCAGUGAUGUGGAGCAGCAGGGGGCUGAUGCUUUUGAUCCCGAAGAGUACCAGUUCACUUGCUUGACCUAUAAGGAGUCUGAGGGUGCCCUUCAUGAGCAUAUGACCAGCUUAGCCUCUGUCUUAAAGGUAUCUCAUUCAGUUGCAAAACUUAUAUUAGUUAAUUUCCACUGGCAAGUCUCAGAGAUUCUGGACAGGUACAGGUCUAAUUCUGCUCAGCUACUUGUUGAUUCUCGAGUUCAGCCUAAUCCAUCAAAACAUGUCCCCACAGCCCAUCCCCCUCACCACUGUGCAGUGUGUAUGCAGUUGGUGCGGAAGGAAAACCUGCUCUCUCUGGCCUGCCAGCAUCAGUUUUGCCGAAGCUGCUGGGAGCAGCAUUGCUCAGUGCUUGUCAAGGACGGUGUUGGUGUAGGAGUCUCAUGUAUGGCUCAGGAUUGUCCACUCCGAACACCAGAGGACUUUGUAUUUCCCUUGCUUCCCAAUGAAGAAUUAAGAGAUAAAUACAGGCGCUACCUCUUUAGGGACUAUGUGGAGAGUCAUUACCAGCUCCAGCUGUGCCCUGGUGCAGACUGCCCCAUGGUUAUUCGGGUACAGGAGCCUAGAGCUCGCCGAGUGCAGUGCAAUCGAUGCAACGAGGUCUUCUGUUUCAAGUGUCGACAGAUGUAUCACGCCCCCACAGACUGCGCCACAAUCCGGAAAUGGCUCACCAAGUGUGCAGAUGACUCGGAAACGGCUAACUACAUUAGUGCUCACACUAAAGACUGUCCCAAGUGCAACAUCUGUAUUGAGAAGAACGGAGGCUGCAAUCACAUGCAAUGCUCCAAGUGUAAGCACGACUUCUGCUGGAUGUGUCUAGGAGACUGGAAGACACAUGGCAGUGAGUACUAUGAGUGUAGUCGGUACAAGGAGAAUCCCGACAUUGUCAACCAGAGCCAGCAAGCCCAGGCCAGGGAGGCCCUCAAGAAGUACUUGUUCUACUUUGAGAGGUGGGAAAACCACAACAAAAGUUUGCAGCUAGAGGCCCACACAUACCAUCAGAUUCAUGAGAAGAUUCAAGAGAGGGUUAUGAACAAUCUGGGAACGUGGAUUGACUGGCAGUACCUGCAGAAUGCUGCUAAGCUGUUGGCCAAGUGUCGAUAUACACUGCAAUACACCUAUCCAUAUGCAUACUACAUGGAGUCUGGUCCCAGGAAGAAGCUGGCCCUGCCCGGCUACAGCCCCUCUCCUUUUGACCCUCCUGCUCUGCCCAUACAGUUUGAAUACCAGCAGGCUCAGCUGGAGGCUGAGAUUGAAAACCUUUCGUGGAAAGUUGAGCGUGCAGACAGCUAUGACAGAGGGGACUUGGAAAACCAAAUGCACAUAGCAGAGCAGCGGAGAAGAACCCUGCUGAAGGAUUUUCACGACACCUAAGCAGGGCUGCGGAUGUGCCGGGGUGAGGAAGAUGUAGCUGUGAGGCCUCCCAGCUACCGUACUGCAUGCUGCAGGCUCUGCCUUUCACGACCCCAGGCAACAGCCAGGGCCCCACUCCUGAGAGACACUGGCAACACACCUCUUAGUCAAUUUGUUUUCUCCUCAUCUUUUUGCUUUUGUUUCUACCAGGGUAGAGGCCAUGGUGAACUGGUCUCUAGUAAGGACUUUGAAAUUCUCCCUGGAUGGUUGUUGGGAGGGAGGGAACUUUUUUUUUUUUUUUUUUUUUUCUGAAUGGCUAUUAAUAGUAUUAGAUCAUUACAACUUAUGUAAUUUUCAAAGGUUGUACGAUUACAAAGAAAAAAAGGCAAACCAUAGGAUAACACAGCCCUUUUGAAAAUAAAUUGGCAUUGGAGUGUUUA